AGUUCACCAUGGUUACAUGUGUAAAUAAUGGGUAAAUAAUGUGGAAAAACAAACUCUACAUUUAGUGAAUUAUUUGUUUGAUUUGGAUUGAUUGGCAAUCAACUUUUGCAGAUUGUCAUCCUUUUAUCCUUUAUUUAUUUAUAUUAAGCAAUCUUCUGUUUAAUUGUUACUUUACCUUGUUGAAAGUGUUUUGGUUUUUAGUAGUAUUCUCAUCAUGUCAAUUUCUAGUAAUCUGUUGUCUUCCAAAAUAAGUGAUAUUCAUCGACUUUUGAUCUCUGGUAAACUUACACCUUCACAAUUGUGUGAAUUGUGUUUAAAAAGAGUUGAUCAAACUAAAUCUUUAAAUAGUUUAAUCACAGUAACUGAAGAAAAUGCAAGAUCUCAAGCUGAAAAAUCUAGUCAACGCUUUGCUUCAGGUAAAAAUUUAGGUGUAUUGGACGGGAUACCGAUUGCUGUUAAAGAUAACUUUAUGACCAAGGAUAUAAAGACAACAUGUGCAUCAAAGAUGCUGGAAAAUUUCAUCCCUCCAUAUUCAGCAACUGUCGUUGAUAGAUUAAUUGGUCAAAAUGGUGCAUUACUUGUGGGCAAAGCAAAUUUAGACGAGUUUGCAAUGGGUUGUGGAGGUGUUGACUCCAUUUUUGGCCCCUGUGUAAACCCUUGGCAUUCCUCUUUACCAUUUGAAUCAAUAGACAGAAACUCCGACAAAGUUGUCCAUUCUAAUGAGAAAACCAAUGUACCUGGCGAAUGGUACAUCAGUGGAGGUAGUUCUGGUGGAAGUGCAGUUGCUGUUGCAUCAGGAAUCGUUUUUGCAGCUCUUGCCUCUGACACUGGUGGCUCAACUCGCAAUCCUGCCUCACACUGUGGUAUUGUUGGUUUUAAACCAAGCUAUGGGACUUUGUCUCGUUAUGGUUUGGUACCUCUGACCCAUUCUUUGGAUACACCAUCAAUCAUGGGUCGAACAGUUGAAGAUGUUGAACUUGUUUUUCAAUCCAUCCAUGGUUGGGAUGUUAAAGAUUCAACCAGCUCAAAGAGUAAUUCAUUUAAACCCUUAGACGAUAAUUUCCCAGUUGAGCAACUGACCAUUGGUUUACCCAAAGAAUAUUUACCAGAUUUUAUGUCCCCAGAAAUACUUUCACUAAUCAACUCCAUUGUUGAUCUUUUAACAUCAAAAGGAAUCUCAGUUGUUCCCGUUUCAUUACCUCACACACCAUAUUCAUUACCCUGUUAUUCUGUAAUUAACUGCUGUGAUGUUGCCUCUAAUUUUGCCUGUUAUGAUGGAAUUGAAUAUGGUCAUCGAAGUGCCAAUGUUUUUUCAUCUAGUACUGAUAAUAAUAAUAAUGAAGCAAACAAAACUGGUAAAUUAGAAACAGCUUCAAAACCAAAGACAUUUGAGGAAUUCAUCACCUGUUCUCGAGAUGAGGCUUUUGGAGAUAAUGUUAAGGGUCGAAUAUUAGCAGGAAAUUAUUUUCUUCUCAAAGAAAAUUAUGAAAAUUUUUUCCUUAAAGCACUGAAAGUUAGAAGAUUGAUUUGCCAAGAUUUCGACAAAAUUUUCAAUGGACCGGAAAAGGUUGAUCUCCUGCUAACUCCAGUAACUCUCACUUCAGCCUUUCGUUACUCAGAUUGGGUUAAAAGAGACGCUACAGAUAAAUCAUCUGGUGAAGAUUAUUGUACACAACCGGCAAAUAUGGCCGGACUUCCAGCUCUAAGUUUACCUUGUUCCCUUUCACCAUCAACAAAUUUACCUUUAGGUUUGCAAAUAGUUGGACCGAGAUUUAAUGAUAAUAUUGUUUUGGCUUUCUCAAAGUAUCUUGAAAAUUUAGUAUCAUUUCCCCGUUUAGUUUAUAAAGAAUGAUAAAUAUGAUGAAAUAUGCAAUGAAAAGAAACUCAACACGGUUUUCAGUUUAUAUAAUAUAAUCUGAUGUAAAAAUCUUUGCAAAAUGAUUCAUCAUACUGAUACUUUUUACACAAAUUUACUAGGUCAAAAUAAAUAACCCUUUGACAUGAACCUUUGAGUUGCUUGCGUAUA